UGUGACGUCAUAGAUAAGUGCUAACCGGUAUGUUAAGAAAUUAUGCUAAAGAUAAUUCGACUUUUGCUCUUCAGUCUGAUUCUUGAUGCCUACUGUGAAAGGAUUCUCGCUGACCCCUACGAGCCUGCUGAAACUUGGUUCACAACCCGACCACCCAGCACAAUCCAAAACAAAGGAUCCGUAACUCCCAGUGCACCCACACCCUUCAACAAGGAGAGGGAAUACGCUAAAAUCUUAAACCUGAUCCGAGAUGUCAAAAAGUCGCUGGUAAAAAAUAACGAGGAAGAAAACAGAAAGAAUAGACAAGAAGAAAAAGAAAGAGUAAACAAUGAAGAAAAAUCAAAGUUGAAAAGUGUUCCCUUAUUUCCAUCCGACAAGAAACAAAAUGUCGUCGUCAAGAUACCUAAUCAUCGGAAAGAAACAACGGAGAGUCAGCAGACAUCGCGACAAGCUGAACAUCAGAGGCUGGUAAAACACCUACGGCAUUUACUUACCAGCGAGCGAGAGAAAAUACGACUCGGAAAGCAUGAUCCUAGAAAAGGUCCAUUUCAUUAUGGCGAGGUAUCAAAGCCAAUUAUAAUAAAGACUGAACCAACGGCGGCAGCAACCCAGGAUGACGAAGUCGCGAAUGACAAAAAGAAAAUAGAAAAGCAGAUCCUUAAAAGUAAAACCCCUUCAUCACGUGAGGACAACUUAGCUGACCUUUCUGCACUCGUACACAAACUUGGCGUCCUGGCUAACGUAUCGACCUUCUGGAAAGACAAGCCAAAGCAUUCUGAGAUGCAACAGAAGACAGAAAAGGAAAGACCACGCGAUAUUACGGAAGAUGUAAUUCAAAACAUUCUUGAAGACAGAUUUCAUGUUACAUUUACAUACCAGGCGUUUUGGGUGGGACUUGUGGUGGGAUGUGGGGUCGCUGUUUUCGUUUUUGCCGUGUGUUACUUCAUCGCAGUGUUGUAUCGUACCUUCAGACGAAAAAAUGAUGGCAGUCAUAGACCCCUCGACUUGAAUUUUAACUGUCCACCAGAGAGUUACAAAGAACGUUAUUCUACAUUUUCUCGAAUGCACGACCCCAAAACCGGCAAAAAGUAUAUAGUGUUAUCGGACGAAACAAAGAAUUACUCCAUAAGUAGCUCGGACUCAAGUGAGGAGGAAAUCUACAACGCCUCUAGUCAUAGCCCCGUCAGUAAACCUGUCCAUAGCCCAAUCAGUAAGCCAGCCCUAAACGUCAGUAACAGAAGCAGUAUGAACAGGACCUCCACUCCAAUCAAGACCCCCCUCCGGCUGACCAGAAGUGCCCCGGGGUCCCCGUCCGUGCGGAGGAAUCUCAGUCACUCGUGGACCUCACCCCCGGUAUCCCCGCUAGCCAGCGUUACACCCGUGUUUGCUUCCCCGGUCAAACUUCCAGGGUAGUCUGGAUAACAAAAAACUACUCACAAAAUUCUGAUAGAAAUAUUUCCUUCUACUUACGCAAACAUUAAGUUUUUGAAUUGGUGACUCGUAUGUCGAAUAAAAAACAUUUUAUUCCAAGUAUCGAUAGAUGUUUGUUAAACUUCUCUUUUCUUUUUCAGUAUUAGCUUAAUGUGGAGUACUUUUCAAAUAAGACAAUGCUAAAUUUAUGUAUUUUUCCUUGAUUUUU